UAGAAAUAGGGGCGGGCGGGCCGCGGCAGCCUUGGAGCCCAGUGGAGCCGACCCGAGCCACGCCGAGGGCGCCGAAAGAGGCGCUGAGCCCUGAGCACCCAUGCUGCAUACGUUGGCCUGGAGCUCACUGUUCUUCCUGGGGCUCUUCGCGCUCUGCACCUGGGCACUGCGCCGCGCGCGGCCUGAAUGGACUGUGUACGACUGCUUGAUGAUCAGCACCAGGCUGGUUUCUUCAGCGCAGGCUGUGUUGGCCACCGGGUCUGGGAUCAUCAUCGUCUACUACUGUAAAGACGUGGUCAACGACAGGCACUGGCUUGCCCGAGAAUAUAUCUGGUUUUUGAGUCCUUACAUGGUGUAUGACACCUGCGCCAUGUACCUGUGUGAAUGGUACCGAACCAGAGAACAGAACCGCAGAGACUACUGCACCAUUUUUCGAAGCUACCUAAGUAAAAACCGCCUCAUGAUCACGCACCAUGUGGCCAUUCUGUUGGUCCUUGUGCCAAUUGCACAGCUUAGGGGAGACCGGGGGGAUUUCUUUGUUGGAUGCAUCUUCACGGCAGAACUGAGCACUCCGUUUGUGUCGCUGGGCAAAAUUCUGAUCCAGCUAAAGCAGCAGCACACCCUUCUGUACAAGGUGAACGGGAUCCUCACACUGACCACCUUCUUUUGCUGUCGGAUCCUGCUUUUCCCCUUCAUGUACUGCUCCUAUGCCCAACAGAUGAAACUAAACCUGCUCCAAGUGCCAUUCAGGAUCCCUUUCUUAUGCAAUGUGGCCAAUGCCUUCCUCAUUGCUCCCCAGAUCUACUGGUUUUCUCUGCUGUGCAAGAAGGCAGCCGGACUCUUUGACACUCCCCCAGCCGAAAAGGAUGGGUAAUGGCUCCCAGGAGUCGGGCAGUGAGGGUGCCUCCUUACACUAGCUGCCUCUUCCACUCAGUAUUCCACGGACCAAACUGUGCCCUGGGUGGCCUCAGCCUUUUGGGUGUUGAUAAGCAGAUGGGUUUGAGUUUUUCUAAGGAACAUUCAUGUUACCUCCCUCUUCUAACCUGCCCCUUUUGCAGAAGCACUUUUACUAGUAACACCCAGUGGAUCCUGUCAGACCUCCACUGGCAGCAAGGAUAAUGCAAGCCCAAGGAUCCUUCCUUGGGUCUUACCUCAAGGGCUCUGGGAGGUAGAAGCAUGGGGUGUGGAGACAGAUGGACCAUGAUGACAAGUCGGGCACCCAAUGGCCCCAGUAUUGGCGGCUACCCACUGCGGCAAACACUCAGGGCAAUAUCCACACAUACUGGGCCAGCACAAGCAAGUGACAACUUGGUUCUUGAAAUAAUUUCUUGUGAUGCUGGCCUGCAGAAAUCGUGGGUAGGUAGUUUUUUAUUGUUUACUAGAGAACCCAUUGGUCUUUUGCCUCAUUCUUUCAUCCAUGUGCCAAUAUUGAAUUCUCAUGCCUACUGACUUCCAGCCAGUAGUCUCAUUAAUAGGGGGAGGGGGCAGGUGGAGACAGAGAUGGGAACCUGAAGCACUUGAGUAGGUAGGGACGCUAUAGGUCAGCAUCUUUGCAGGCUGACUCCGUAAGACCAGUGUCAGACUUGGGGAGUUUGUUGUGAACAGGCACAAAUACUAUCCCUUUUCAAGCCCAGCUUUCCCAGUGUGCACACACGCAGGGUGCUUGUGGAAAGAUGGCUACUGAGCUGCUUACUGGGUAACCCCACUCUUCAAAGCUGUCCUUUUCAUGUGAAGUAGAAAUGGACUUCAACAUUCCAAACCACGAGAAGUCACAUCUAGACUGCCUCCCGAUAACCCGGAGCUUGGGGUCCAAAGCCUGUUCCUAUGUGAGUGUGCCACCGUUCAGCCACAGGAGGCUGGAGAGCAAGACAGCAGGACAGCCCUGGUCAACGUACUCCUGUGGGCGACCCCUUCGCCGCCACCACAAACGGGGGUUCCCUGGUGCCAGUCAGUCGCUCCUUACCAACCCAGGAGGGUUUAGAAACUGCUACCAAAUGGUAGUGACAAGCUAAAUUUUUAAAAGUGCCUUUUAAUUCAUUGUUGUCAAUAAACUUUUAAAGUAAUGAAUA